CGUCUUUAUUAUCUAAAAAGUGAAGAUUGCGAAGUUCUCACGAAACUAAAAGUAUGGGUGCAUUUUUAGACAAACCAAAAACAGAGAAACACACUGAGAAAGGAACAGGGAAUGGCCUGAAAUAUGGUGUCAGUAGUAUGCAGGGAUGGAGAGUGGAAAUGGAAGAUGCCCACUGCGCUACCAUUGGCUUACCUCUCAGUCAACUCAAUGAUUGGAGUUUCUUUGCCGUUUUCGAUGGACACGCUGGUGCUAAAGUUUCUGAGUACUGUGCCAAGAGAUUAUUAGAAGUUAUAGUUGAGAGUAAUGAAUUUAAAUCAGAAAUAAACGACCAAAGUACUUUAACUCCAGAAACAGUCAUCAAUGGCAUAAAAAGUGGCUUUCUUAAAUUAGAUGAUGAAAUUCGAGAAAAUAAUGGUGAGGACAAAAGUGGUUCUACGGCAGUCUGUUCACUAAUUUCACCAAAACAUGUAUUUGUGGCGAACUGCGGUGACUCGAGAAUGGUCCUCUCCCGAGCUGGUAAAUGUGUUUUCAAUACAUUAGAUCACAAACCAAUCAACCCACAAGAAAGAGAAAGAAUACAAAAUGCAGGAGGCAGUGUCAUGAUACAAAGGGUCAAUGGUUCUCUAGCAGUUUCAAGGGCUCUUGGUGAUUUUGACUACAAAAACGUUGAAGGUAAAGGUCAGUGCGAGCAGUUGGUAUCUCCAGAGCCGGAGAUAUCCUCACUAGACAGAACGGAUGAGGACGAGUUCCUAAUUUUGGCAUGUGAUGGGAUUUGGGAUGUCAUGAGCAAUGACGAGUUGUGCGAUUUCGUGAGGUCUCGCAUGAGGAUUACUGAUGACCUUGAAGCCAUCUGCAGCUGUGUCGUGGACACUUGCCUCUCAAAAGGUAGCCGAGACAACAUGAGCAUCGUAAUUGUGGCAUUCGCUGGCUGGCCGUGCUUAUCGCAACAGGCACUGGACAGGGAGGCCGAACUGGACGAGCUUCUCGAGAGAAAGAUUCAAGGUGCUCGAGAUUUCGACUUUAAAGAUGUUCUUGAGGAUAAUUUUGAUGAUGAUGUUGAUAAUAAUGAAGAUGGUGAUGGUGAUGGUGCUAUCAAUAUAAAGUUUUGACUCGUUGGGUGAUUUGUUAUCAGUUAAUUUUUUUAAAAUGUUCAUUACAAUGUAACCAACCGAAACUUUAAAAAGAAAUAAUUUAUUGCUUCAUUCCAUUGUUUUUUGGUUUGACUUCAUCUUAAUUUAAUGUUAUGUUAUUG